UUCUUCUCCCCCUCAUUGAUAUUUUUUUUCUUUUUCUUCGAUUAAAUCAAUUGGCUCUUGAGUCUUGACAGUUGACAGAUCCUCUCUGUUCUUCUCCAAACCAAUCAGACUCUUCUUUUUCUGUAACAGACUUUGAAUUUCGAGUUAAUUAAGGAAAGCCAUGUCCGACUCGAAACCCGCCGUGAUAUACAACGCAUCAACCUCCAAGUACUACGUCAUCUCCCAGGGAUCCACCAUCGAAACCACGCUCACCCACAAAGCCAGCGUCGCCGACGAAUGGCUCCGCCAGGUCUACUCCAAAUACGGCGGCCGCCCCACCGUAGUCGGACUGGACACGGAGUGGAUGCCCCACGAAACCACGUCGAAGAUGAAAGCAGCGGUCCUUCAACUGUGCGUGGAGAACACGUGCCUGAUCCUGCAAAUGUUCUACCUAGACGACGUGCCGGAGAAUCUGAAGAAAUUUCUGGUGGAUUCGAAUUUCACGUUCGUGGGCGUCCAGGUGAAGAACGACAUUAAGAAGCUGAGGGACGAGUACGGGCUGGAGUGUGGCAAUGGAGUGGACGUGCUUGACGUGGCAAAGAGGGAGUGGCCGGGAAGGUUUUCGUGUUCAGGGCUGAAGCAUCUGGCGAAGGAGCUGCUAGGGUUAGAGAUGAAGAAGAACAAGAAGGUGACGAUGAGUGAGUGGCACGUGAGGGAUCUGAGCCAUGAACAGGUUGAAUAUGCAUGCAUUGAUGCAUAUGCUUCUUAUUGGAUUGGUCACAAGCUGCUCGUUGAGGAUAAAUCAACAAGUUAGCGAUCGAUUCGAUAUUAUAAUAUCUCAUUAUAUAUAAUUAAUCUCAUUGAUUAUUGUGGUGGUGGUAGUUACCACUCUGUUUGUUACCUGAUGAAGCUGCUGUGUUUAGCGGAUCAUAUAUAAGAUUUAUCGUCUUUUAU